AUGGAUGGUUCUAGAGCUGUCCCAUUGAAGGAGAUGCCUCUGGGAAUAGAUGAAAUAUCUGAGGAUGAAUAUGCAUCACAGUCUAGAUUACUUCAAGAGUUCACCAGUAUAUCCAGCAUUGACAAGGCAUGGAUUAAAUCUGACAGUAGAAAUGGCUCCCAGGCAAUGUUUUCAAUCAGUCAACCAAAUCUUGUGGCAAAUAAGAGGAGGAAAUUUAUUCUAUCCUCUAACAUUUCAAGAGAAAUUAGCAACUCGGUAAACUUUCAAUGGGCCCCAUUUCCAGUUGAGAUGACAGGAGUAUCUGUAAUUGUUCCAUCACCGUCAGGUGCAAAGCUUCUUGUAGUUCGGAAUCCUGAAUAUGAAGCUCCCUGUCAAUUUGAAAUUUGGGGUCCAGCUCAAGUUGAAAAAGAAUUUCAUAUUCCACAGUCUGUUCAUGGCUCAGUAUAUGCUGAUGAAUGGUUUCAGGGAAUUUCUUGGAAUUCUGAUGAAACUCUCAUCGCUUAUGUUGCUGAGGAACCAUCUCCGUCCAAGCCAACAUUUACUUGUCAGGGCUACAAGAAAGGUAGUACCACCGAUGAGAAUUUCGCCAACUGGAAAGGUCAAGGAGAAUGGGAGGAGGAAUGGGGGGAAACCUAUGUUGGAAAAGGGCAGCCUGCACUCUUUGUCAUCAACAUUAACAGUGGAGAGACACAAGCUGUUAGAGGAAUUGAAAAGCAUUUGAGUGUUGGCCAGGUUGUGUGGGCACCAGCAGUUAGAGGAUCACAUCAGUUUUUGGUUUUUGUUGGGUGGUCAGCAAAUACCAGGAAGCUUGGCAUUAAGUACUGUUAUAACAGGCCCUGUGCUUUGUAUGCAGUUAAGGCACCACUUUGUGUAUCAGAAGAUGGACAAAAUAUCAUAGAUAAUUCAGUUGAAGAUUUUCCUGUGGUAAACCUGACUCAAAGCACAAGCAGUGCCUACCAUCCACGUUUCAGUCCAGAUGGAAAACUGCUGUUGUUUUUAUCUUCAAGAAGUGCAGUGGAGUCUGGGGCACAUUCUGCAACAGAUUCUCUCCUUAGAAUGGAUUGGCCGAUAGAUGGGGUGCUAUGCUCAUCUGCUAAAAUUUUUGAUGUGAUUCCUGUUGUAAUGUCCGCGGAUGAUGGUUGCUUCCCUGGACUUUACUGUUCAAGUUUCCUUAGUAAUCCAUGGUUUUCUGAUGGAUGCACUGUGGUCAUAUCUUCCUUCUGGGGCAGCUGUCAAGUAGUACUUUCUGUCAAUGUGUUGAGUGGAGAAGUACUACGUAUCAGCCCUACUAAUUCAAACUUUUCAUGGAAUGCUCUUUCAUUGGAUGAGGACAACAUUAUUGCUGUGUCUAGCAGUCUAGUAGAUGUACCACGCAUCAAGUACGGUUAUCUUGUUGAUAGAGAGAGGAAAAGCACUGCAUGGAAUUGGUUAGAUGUACCAAGCCCCACAAACGAAUGCUCGGAGAAGGUGGAAUCUUUGCUCUCAUCUCUUCAGUUCAGUAUAAUGAAGAUUCCAGUUAGGGAUGUUUCUGAUAGCCUAACAAAAGGUGCUAGAAAUCCUUUUGAGGCUAUAUUUGUGUCUUCCAAAACUAACAGAAGUGAUUCAUUUGAUCCAUUAAUUGUAUUCAUACAUGGAGGUCCGCAUACUGUUUCUUCGUCAAGUUUUUCAAAGUCCUUAGCAUUUCUCUCUGCAAUUGGGUUCAACUUGUUACUUGUGAACUAUAGAGGUUCACUAGGAUUUGGUGAGGAAGCACUUCAAUCUCUUCCAGGGAAUAUUGGCUCCCAGGAUGUGAAUGAUAUACUGGUGGCUAUUGAUCAUGUCAUUGACGUGGGCCUCGCUAGUCCAUCCAAAAUGGCCGUUCUUGGUGGUUCUCAUGGUGGCUUUUUAACAACUCACUUGAUUGGUCAGGCACCAGAGAAGUUUUUUGCAGCGGCUACAAGGAAUCCUGCAUGUAACCUGGCAUUGAUGGUUGGUACAACAGACAUCCCUGAUUGGUGCUAUGUGGAGGCCUACGGAACUGAGGGAAAAAACAGAUAUACAGAAGCACCUUCAGCUGAGCAUCUGGCUCUCUUUCACUGCAAAUCUCCAAUUUCACAUAUCUCAAAGGCCAAAACACCCAUCCUUUUUCUCUUGGGUGCCCAAGAUAUCCGCCUUCCAAUUUGUAGCGGAUUGCAAUAUGCUCAGGGAUUAAAGGAAAAAGGAGUUACUGUGAAAGUCAUUGUGUUCCCUAACGACAACCAUCCAAUUGACAGGCCGCAAUCCGACUUUGAGAGCUUUCUAAAUAUUGGUGUGUGGUUCAAGAGGUAUCUGUUCUAAAUGAGCAGGAGUUUGGGAAAUUCUCAAUGUUGCUGUUGUCAUGCAAAUAAGUUGAGAGUAUGUUUAGCCCCAGCUACGCUUGUACCAACCAGACCGACCCAUAUUAGCGAGCAUUACUUGAGAGUACAUUGCUGUCUCGUCACGUGAAUGGUACGAUCUUGAGAUUACCUAAUAAAUGCCGGAUCACUUAUACUUCGGUGUGUAGAUGAAUUUAGUUGAUCUUGUGUACGGUUGCUCUGCCACGUGGAUGAUACAACAGACCAAUGAAAGAUCAAAGAAGUCACAUUCAAGUAU